GCUGGAUGGCGCCGGCGGGAGAGGGCGGGGCCAGGCGCGCGGCGGCCGCCUCUGCUGCGGCCGGAAACAAUAGUGGAGGAACCCGAGCCGCGCGGAAAGGCGGUGGUGGCCCGCGGAGCCGGACGGGGCACUAUGAACGAAGAGGAGCAGUUUGUAAACAUUGAUUUGAAUGAUGACAACAUUUGCAGUGUUUGUAAACUGGGAACAGACAAAGAAACACUCUCCUUCUGCCACAUUUGUUUUGAGCUAAAUAUUGAGGGGGUACCAAAGUCUGAUCUCUUGCACACCAAAUCAUUAAGGGGCCAUAAAGACUGCUUUGAAAAAUAUCAUUUAAUUGCAAACCAGGGUUGUCCUCGAUCUAAGCUUUCAAAAAGUACUUACGAAGAAGUUAAAACCAUUUUGAGUAAGAAGAUAAACUGGAUUGUACAGUAUGCACAAAAUAAGGAUCUGGAUUCAGAUUCGGAAUGUUCUAAAAACCCCCAGCAGCAUCUGUUUAAUUUCAGGCAUAAGCCAGAAGAAAAAUUACUCCCACAGUUUGACUCCCAAGUACCGAAAUAUUCUGCAAAAUGGAUAGAUGGAAGUGCAGGUGGCAUCUCUAACUGUACACAAAGAAUUUUGGAGCAGAGGGAAAAUACAGACUUUGGACUUGCUAUGUUACAAGAUUCAGGUGCCACUUUAUGUCAUAACAGUGUAUUGUGGCCUCAUAGUCACAACCAAGCACAGAAAAAAGAAGAGACAAUCUCUAGUCCAGAGGCUGAUGUCCAGACCCAGCAUCCACAUUACAGCAGAGAGGAAUUGAAUUCGAUGACUCUUGGUGAGGUAGAACAACUGAAUGCAAAGCUCCUCCAGCAAAUCCAGGAAGUUUUUGAAGAGUUAACACACCAAGUGCAAGAAAAAGAUUCUUUGGCCUCACAGCUCCAUGUCCGCCACGUUGCCAUCGAACAGCUUCUGAAGAACUAUUCUAAGUUACCAUGUCUGCAAGUAGGGCGAACAGGAAUGAAGUCACACCUACCCAUAAACAACUGACCUAAACAGACUUACUUAGUAUGCCCUGCCCUUUAUUGGUCUCCCAGACAUGCAGACUUUGAAGAAGUUUAAAGAAAGUCCUGGUCCAUUUUUUUAUGGUCAUUAAAUUUGCCAAACAUAAGACAGUAUUAGACAUCUUUUUCAAAUAAAGCAGAUCAUUAUACUCUA